AUGGAUGGUUCCAGCAACUUGGAAGGGCUUAUCCACUCAGCCCUUGAAGAUGUCACCAGAAACCUCGAUAAAACCGAGUUUAACUUGAGAAGUCUUGCCACACGCUCGAUUGAUGGUCGGAGCAACUUGAAAGAACUCAUCCAUUCAGCAUUAGACGAUGUCACCCGAUACCUGGACAGAACCGAAUUAAACUUGAAAAGUCUGGCUGAGAAUCCUUACGUCAAUGCGAGGAGCGACCCUAGUCCAGCAUCGAUGACGGAUGUCCCUAGAGCGUCUAAUCUUCAAGACUCGACAUCAGCAUAUGUACGAAUCCCACACAAAUGUGUCCUAAAUCAUCAGGAAUACACUUCCAGGCCAAAGCUUGGUUUGGAUUGGAUUCUUAGCACAGAUCCGUCUAAAGUUCAAAACGCAGAACCACCCACCUCUGUAGGCUCAUUCAAGGAAAUUCCUCAGCUCGAAUGGAUUCUCGACACCAAACGAGAUCCAUCUCAUUCUCAACAUCGUAGACCAGAACCGCCACUAACCACUAAACCACGACCAGCAAAGGAUUUAGAAUGGAUCAUUUCGACGAAUGCUUCGCAACCAACUAGAACGAAAAUUGUUCAUCCCGAAGUAAAUGAACAAAAAGGCUCAUCGGAAUGGAUUUUAAAAACGAAUCCGGAGGUCCAUAAUCAUGGGAAUGUUGACGAUCCAAUGCACUCACUGGAAGAAUCGAAGCGUUUAUCUAUGGAAGAAGAAAAUCAGAUCAGAUCCGCCAAAGUAGCAUCAACUCCAGGUUUUGCUAAUCCAGAUGUUCAUAAAACAGAGCAGGAAGAAUUUGGAAUCAACGCUGUGGCUUUAGAAUCACCGAAUCCCCAGCAGCUGGGACAACAACCACCACUUUCUCCGAAUCCUCGACCAGCAAAGGAUUUAGAAUGGAUCAUUUCCACGAACGCUUCGCAACCAACUCAGACAAAAAUUGUUCACCCUGAAGUAAAUGGCCAAAAAGGCUCAUCGGACUGGAUUUUGAGAACGAAUCCGGAGGUCCAUAAUCAUGGGAAUGUUGACGAUCCAAUGCACUCACUGGAGGAAUCGAAGCGUUUAUCUAUGGAAGAAGAAAAUCAGAUCAGAUCCGCCAAAGUAGCAUCAACUCCAGGUUUUGCUAAUCCAGAUGUUCAUAAAACAGAGCAGGAAGAAUUUGGAAUCAACGCUGUGGCUUUAGAAUCACCGAAUCCCCAGCAGCUGGGACAACAACCACCACUUUCCCCGAAUCCUCGACCAGCGAAGGAAAUGGAUUGGAUUUUCUCCACGAACGCUUCGCAACCAACUCAGACAAAAAUUGUUCACCCUGAAGUAAAUGGCCAAAAAGGCUCAACGGACUGGAUUUUGAGAACGAAUCCGGAGGUCCAUAAUCAUGGGAAUGUUGACGAUCCAAUGCACUCACUGGAGGAAUCGAAGCGUUUAUCUAUGAAAGAAGAAAAUCAGAUCAGAUCCGCCAAAGUAGCAUCAACUCCAGGUUUUGCUAAUCCAGAUGUUCAUAAAACAGAGCAGGAAGAAUUUGGAAUCAACGCUGUGGCUUUAGAAUCACCGAAUCCCCAGCAGCUGGGACAACAACCACCACUUUCCCCGAAUCCUCGACCAGCAAAGGAUUUAGAAUGGAUCAUUUCCACGAACGCUUCGCAACCAACUCAGACAAAAAUUGUUCACCCUGAAGUAAAUGGCCAAAAAGGCUCAUCGGACUGGAUUUUGAGAACGAAUCCGGAGGUCCAUAAUCAUGGGAAUGUUGACGAUCCAAUGCACUCACUGGAGGAAUCGAAGCGUUUAUCUAUGGAAGAAGAAAAUCAGAUCAGUUCCGCCAAAAUAGGACCAACUCCACGUUUUGAUGAUCUGGAUGUUCAAAAAGAUCUCAAAACCACUAGCGCACAAACGGAACAACAACCAGCUCAUAGGCACGACACAUUAACAACGACAAUCAAACCCGAAGUAGACCGUACUGCCAUCGAAAAUGGCUCGGAACCAAUUACCGCACCGCAAGAAGUUCAGAAAGCCUCUAGCGGUUCACAAGAAGAGCUUAAAACAGCUCGCGAGCCCGAACUUUCACUCGUAGGUCCCGGAGCCAGCUCACAAGAAGAGCUUAAAACGGCUCGCGAGCCUGAAGUAUCCUUCGUUGGUCCCAGAGCCAGUUCACAAGAAGAGCUUAAAACAGCUCGCGAGCCCGAACUUUCACUCGUUGGUCCCGGAGCCAGCUCACAAGAAGAGCUUAAAACGGCUCGCGAGCCCGAAGUAUCCUUCGUUGGUCCCAGAGCCAGUUCACAAGAAGAGCUUAAAACAGCUCGCGAGCCCGAACUUUCACUCGUUGGUCCCGGAGCCAGCUCACAAGAAGAGCUUAAAACGGCUCGCGAGCCUGAAGUAUCCUUCGUUGGUCCCAGAGCCAGUUCACAAGAAGAGCUUAAAACAGCUCGCGAGCCCGAACUUUCACUCGUUGGUCCCGGAGCCAGCUCACAAGAAGAGCUUAAAACGGCUCGCGAGCCCGAAGUAUCCUUCGUUGGUCCCAGAGCCAGUUCACAAGAAGAGCUUAAAACAGCUCGCGAGCCCGAACUUUCACUCGUUGGUCCCGGAGCCAGCUCAAAAGAAGAGCUUAAAACGGCUCGCGAGCCCGAACUUUCACUCGUUGGUCCCGGAGCCAGCUCACAAGAAGAGCUUAAAACGGCUCGCGAGCCCGAAGUAUCCUUCGUUGGUCCCAGAGCCAGUUCACAAGAAGAGCUUAAAACGGCUCGCGAGCCCGAACUUUCACUCGUUGGUCCCGGAGCCAGCUCACAAGAAGAGCUUAAAACGGCUCGCGAGCCCGAUACAAAGAAUGUUAGUUCCAAGCAGGAUCUCGUGGAGAACGCUCUGAAAACAGCUAUAGAAACAUCGGCGGAGAGAGCUGAUACAUUCAGGAAAAGGAGAAGUAGUGAAAGAACAUGUAAGAGUCCUAAUUUCCUAGGAUUCGAUGACGAGCAAAUCAAAAGUUCGGAGUUCAUUAGUCCGAAAUCUGUGGCCAGUGCAGUUGCUGGAAAAUUUGAAAUCACUCCAAAAUAUUCGUCAUAUUUCACGCUCCACAGAAGAUUUCACCCGCAAACUCUCAAUGAAAGCGAGAGAAGUGCAGGACAUAGAUCAACAAAAUCAGAAAGGAAUAUUGCGCAUGCAGAUUCGCACCGUAAUGCCAGAAGAGUCCGUUCAUUUCAAAGCGACGUUAGCCUACAGAAUGCUGCUAAAGCUGUAUCAUAUGCACGAAUACGACUCAAAAAUAAGGCAGCUUAUCUGAAAGCACGAAGAAAAAAGCGUUCAAUGUCGGGGCAUCAUCGUGUCGAUCACAAGACGGAGAUAAAACCAACUGAAGACGUGAUUGUGGAUAAUCACCUGAUUCAACUAGGACCGUUGAGAGCACCGAUAUCGAUUGAUUCGAAACGAUCGGUGGGCCAAAAUGGCGAACAGACAAACCUGAGACAAGUGUUACGUAUCUAUGGAUCUGGUCACGUCGAGGAACCGUAUGACAACUUGCCGAGACGAACAUCCACGAGAUAUAUAAGAGGAGCUGUUGCAUCAGUGAAAUACGGGACGAACAUGAUCGAAAUCGCCCUACACAACUCUGCUAUACAGUCCGCAAGACGUGGUCAAGCAAGUAACUGGAUUUUCACACAUGCCAGAGAUGUACAUACUACACCUCUUGUAUUCGGCAAAACAGUGCUUGUAAACGAGAGUUCACCGGCUCCUUUCUGUCUAUCCGUUGCUGCACCGUUUUGGGUAAGCGUCUACCAGGAGCAGAGCAAAUUCAACAUACCAAAAGGUGGUGAACGCAUGCGCGAGAGUAUCGAAGUCCGUAGCUGCAAAGACAGUGGGAUUCCUCUCUAUGAAAUGAAACCUCUUGUAAACACAUCAAAUCCGUUGUUUAGAGAGCAUGUAUAUCUAGGUAAAGGAGUGAUUCGCAUCGAUCGUGAUCUACUCGUGCCAGUUGAUCAGGAAUUACGUGAAUUCUAUUCGAAUUUUGUAAACAAUUCAUUAAUUCGUCAGUAUCGUGUUGAGCUUCCUUGGAGACAAAUGAAAAAUCAACUUGAACACGGGAUACCCCGUGCACCGCAAAUAACCGACAUACAUACAACGGUGCGUGAAGAUACCACUUUGCGUAAGCACCAGAAGCCCUACAAAGAUGACGCUGAUUACAAACGGUUAGGCAGGCCAAGGAAGAAGUCUAGGGUUCGAAGAAGGCUUCCACCACAAAGCAGUGACCUUACUGGAACCACCCAUCUAACGAGCGGCGAAACGAUAGAAAGGCCAGACUCGUGGCGCACUGCAGACUGGGUUUCGAGUGGUACCACAACACCAACCAUGACUAUGUCAGCGAGUGAACUCAGGGCGACGGAAAGUUACAUUAAGAACCCAGAUCUUCCGACGUCUCGCAACUUCAUCCCUCGCCGAAAUCGUAUGCAAAAAAGCCGUACGGCCGCUGCAAGUGGAGUUAUACUGUCAGAUCGAGAAAACUCUCCAGCGCAACUCAGUGAAAAAGAAAUUUUCGUUGGUCGUCGCAAAAAAAGCGACCUACCAUCUUGGGUAUCCACAAAAAUUGGACGUCAACAACAGAGAAGCGAGAAAGAAACGUUGAUAUUAGGACCUCCAGCCAAGCUGAGCACUGCAAGGGCUGCCGAAUCGCUGGAAUCACGCCAAGCCAAGACGUCUGAGAAAAAAGACACACUGCAUGUUGAUGGAACACAAAAAUCAGAAAAUGAGAAUGAAAAUGAAAAUUCCAGAGCAUUACCUAAGAGCCCUGCUGAUUUCUUCAACUACAGCGACGUUUCAGAAAGGGCAAAGAAUGAAGUAGUUACGGCACAUGCAUUCACACCAGUUUUGCUUCGCGUACGAAAAGACAAAGCCAAGCCCCUCAAAAAAACAAAAAGUGUCAGCUAUAGGUUCAGAACACCUUCAAGAGAGAAAAGCAGGAAAAGUGUAUCAAGCAAAACGUCGAAGAAAAAACGAAAGCCAAGAAGUGCUGCUAGUGACGCCGUAGUUAAUGCUAUGGCUGAUGCCCUCGAAAGACCGCCUAAUGAUGAUAUUGUCAUUCAUCAAAAACUCGCAGAUGAUUCUAUGAAGCUUGAACUACAUUUAUCAACUAAAAUGAAAGGCGCUAAUCAAAACGCCGGUGCCACACAAUUUCAAGCGCACAAAAUCACCGUACAAGGAGAAAAUGUUUAUAAUCAAUGA